AUGGAUUACGGCACCUACAAUUGCAGGGACUACUACGUGACACCACAUCCAUCAGCCCCAAUCAUCAGCACUGAUCUUCUCACAACGCCAGAACGACCAUCUCAUCCUCAUCCGGCCUACCACCGCCAUGAAUCCUGGGAAGAAUUGGAGCACCGCUCCCGCUCGCCAGCGAGUUUUAAGCCCAAGUUCCCUCUCCUCCGACUGCCUCUAGAGCUAAGACAAGAGAUCUUGUCGUAUAUCUUGCCAAGGACGAAAGAACUAGUGGACAGCAAUCCUCUUACCGCUCAUGCGCGGGAGUUUAGUGCUGUACAGAAGCGCAUGAAGAAGGGUAUGCUCGUCCCCUCCGCCGAGACAGAAGCAGCGAGACAGUUGCGACAGAGCAGCAGUACGAGUAAUGUUGUCUGGCUACGGGGACAGAUGAGCAUACUAUCCGUCUGCAGCCAACUACACGAUGAGUGCGCGGAGCUAGUCUAUGGGCGAAACACUUUCCUCCUCUUUCUCACAUACCCCGGUAUCAAGUGGAGGUAUAGAUUCGUGCUACCCACAGGCAUGGCUCCGAGCAGGAAUUACGAUUUUCUGGACCUAGUGCCGGAAAGGUAUCGGCGGUUGGUUAAGAGGGUGGUUGUCAAUAUUGAUCAUUUGGAUCCUUAUACUGGUAUGAUCAAGUUCAAUGUUGGAGGCAAGGGGCUUGUGUUUGGCUUGAGGAGGCAGGUACAGAGGCUCGUCAACGCGCUGAAGCCUGAUGUCGUGGUAUCUGAUGGGUCUGAUGAAAGCGAUGAUGGCGAAGAGGAUUGGGCAUUUGAGAAGUCUCGACCGCGACAUCUCACCUCCCUCAGCAUACGCAUUUCCAACAGCAACGCUGUUUCAGAUGCUCUGGACCGCCGAAAAAAUGCCGGUGAGGUUAAGGUGGCAGAUGAUUUGGACAUUAUGCUCGAGCCGUUGCGGCAGCUCUAUGGUGUCCGGACAGCGACACUUACAGGCGCAGUCACUUUCGAUCUUGCGCGGGAUCUCGAGGCCGCGAUGAUGAGUGAGGUGGGCACAGUACCGUUGACAAGCUCUUCUUCAUCGGACGAUGCGGGAGAUUUGGCAUCGCCUCCAGAAGGAUUGUGUGUGUACGGGAACGAUAUGGAGUAG